CACACUACCUCUGCUUCUACCCUUAUACCAACACUCGGCCGGCUAAAAUUUCAAGUUAGCGACAUCUGGUCUUGAUCUUCCGGCAUCCGGUAUCUGGCGCAUUUGCUUGUAUCGCUCACCAAACAUCCUUCUGAACAUAUCCAACAUUUCUUGGUUGUCGCCAUGAGCUCCUUUCUUACGACCGUAAAUCAGCGGACGCGCAACCAGUUCCGACCUCGGGCGAGCGGCAAGGGCGGUGCGACCAGCUACCAGCUGCGACAAUAUGCCGAAGCAACACUUGGCGGAGGAAGUUUGCGCAAAGUGGUGAAGCUGCCUGAGGGUGAAGACGAGAAUGAGUGGUUGGCUGUCAACAUGGUGGACUUCUACAAUCAAAUCAACCUCCUUUAUGGCGCCAUUACCGAGUUCUGCUCUCCCCAGACUUGCCCCGAAAUGAAGGCGACCGACGAAUCUUCAAGCGCAUGUACCGCGUUUACGCUCACAUUUACUGCCACCACUACCCCGUCAUUCGGGAACUGGGCCUGGAGCCGCAUCUCAACACCAGCUUCAAGCAAUAUGUGCUAUUUAUCGAUGAGCACAACCUGGCAACCGGCAAGGAUUUUUGGGGACCGCUAGGCGACUUGGUCGACAGCAUGUUACGCAGCGACUAGACGACAGAAUCUUGUAUGGCUUUGGCAUUGGCGCAUGGUUAUUUGACAGGGCUAAGCACGUAGGCGUUAGGUUGGGUGCGGGUUGGUUCCAUUACAGGCAUUCGUUUUCGUUUGGUAUGGUGGGCUGGCAACGGGCGCUGAUAGAAGGGAUUAAGGGACCACGGAAUUCAGGAAGGGACGCGCAUCCCAUGCUUUUGAUGGCGCGUAAAGGGCACCGGGAUCUCUUUGGGUUUUUGUUGUUUCGUUGUAGAGAGGGACAGAGAGGCCUGGAGCUUCUCGUGGAAAUAGACGCUUUUUGACAUCACGAAUGCUGCCGC